AUGAGUAGGGACCUCAGAGGCAGGGGAUGUGCCCGAGGAAGAGGCUUUCAGGGGUGGCGAGGUGGAUGGCGGGGCAGAGGACAGAAGCGAGAGUGGAAGAGAGUGCCUGAGCCUGUAUGUUCACGUCUAGUUCAAUCAACGUUGGACCAGUUUAUUCCCUAUAAGGGUUGGAAACUUUAUUUCUCUGAAGCUUAUGCUGACAAGUCUCCUUUUGUCCAGAAGACUCAAGCCUUUGAAAAGUUUUUCACAAAACGCAUUGAACUGUAUGAUAAGGAUGAAAUAGAAAGAAAAGGAAGUAUUCUUGUGGAUUAUAAGGAACUGAUACAAGAUAAAGAAUUAACUAAAUCAAUACCAAAUAUAUCUACCGAAUUAAGGGAUAUGCCUCAGAAAAUACUGCACUGCAUGGGUCUGGCAAUUCAUCAGGUGCUAACAAAGGACCUUGAAAGGCAUGCUGCAGAGCUGCAGGUGCAGGAAGGACUGCCGCUUGAUGGAGAACCUAUAAUAAAUGUGCCUCUCAUUCAUGCUAGGGUGUACAACUAUGAUCCACUAACUCAGCUGAAAAAUGUUCGGGCCAACUGCUAUGGAAAAUACAUUGCCUUGCGUGGCACUGUUGUGCGGGUCAGUAACAUUAAGCCUCUCUGCAUUAAGCUAGCUUUUGUGUGUGGCACCUGUGGAGACGUUCAGAGUGUUCCUCUACCUGACGGAAAGUAUACUCUUCCAACUAAGUGCCUUAUUCCUGAGUGCCGUGGCCGAUCCUUCACAGCUGACAGAAGCUCUCCUUUAACCACUACAGUGGACUGGCAGUCUGUUAAAGUGCAGGAACUCAUGUUGGAUGAUCAGCAAGAGGCAGGCCGAAUCCCUCGCACAAUCGAAUGUGAACUGGUUCAAGACCUUGUAGACAGCUGUGUACCAGGAGAUAUGGUCACAAUUACAGGGAUAGUAAAGGUGUCGAGCACUGAGGAAGGAGCUUCUAAAAAUAAGAAUGACAAGUGUAUGUUCUUGCUGUACAUUGAGGCAAAUUCUGUCAGCAACAGUAAAGGUCAAAAACCAAAGAAUUUUGAUGAUGAGACUUUUCAAAGAUCGUUCAUGGAGUUUUCACUAAAAGACCUCUAUGCUGUUCAAGAAAUUCAAGCUGAGGAAAAUCUGUUCAGGCUCAUCGUGAACUCUCUUUGUCCUGCAAUCUAUGGCCAUGAGAUUGUAAAGGCAGGUUUGGCCCUGGCAUUAUUUGGAGGAUGUCAGAAAUUUGUAGAUGACAAGAACAGAAUCCCAGUGCGAGGAGAUCCACAUGUUCUGGUCGUUGGAGAUCCAGGGUUGGGAAAAAGUCAAAUGUUGCAAGCAGUGUGUAAUGUUGCUCCUCGAGGUGUGUAUGUUUGUGGUAAUACUUCCACCAGCUCUGGCCUGACUGUUACGCUGUCUAGAGACGGCGCUUCUGGAGAUUUUGCCUUGGAAGCUGGUGCUUUAGUGCUUGGAGAUCAAGGUAUUUGUGGAAUAGAUGAAUUUGAUAAGAUGGGAAACCAGCAUCAGGCUUUAUUGGAAGCCAUGGAGCAGCAAAGUAUCAGCCUUGCCAAGGCUGGUAUUGUUUGCAGUUUGCCAGCUCGGACAUCUAUUGUUGCUGCAGCAAACCCAGUUGGAGGACAUUAUAACAAAGCCAAAACGGUGUCUGAGAACUUAAAAAUGGGGAGUGCCUUACUGUCGAGAUUUGAUUUAGUUUUCAUUUUGCUGGACACUCCAAAUGAAGAUCAUGAUCACUUGCUGUCUGAGCACGUGAUGGCAAUCCGAGCUGGAAAGCAGGCAGCGUGCAGCAGUGCUGUUGUGACUCGUACUAACACACAGGAUCGUUCUGUUCUCGAAGCUGUUCCAGAUCGACCGCUGCUUGAAAGACUAAAGAUCUUACCAGGAGAGAACUUUGAUGCCAUUCCACAUCAGCUGCUGAGGAAGUACAUUGGAUAUGCUCGGCAGUACGUGCAUCCAAAUUUAUCUCCAGAAGCUGCUCAGGUCCUCCAGGAAUUCUACCUUGAGCUCCGGAAGCAGAACCAAGGAGUAGACAGCACACCGAUCACCAUGAGGCAGCUGGAGUCUCUGAUUCGACUCACGGAGGCACGGUCAAGGCUGGAAUUAAGGGAGAAAUCUACCAAGGAAGAUGCCGAGGAUGUAAUAGAGAUAAUGAAAUAUAGCAUGUUGGGAACCUACUCAGAUGAGUUUGGAAAACUGGACUUUGAACGUUCACAGCAUGGGUCUGGGAUGAGCAAUCGGUCACAAGCAAAAAGAUUUGUUUCUGCCCUUAACAGUAUUGCAGAGAGAACUUACAACAAUCUCUUUGACUUGCAACAACUUCGACAGAUUGCGAAGGAGCUACAGAUACGAGUAUCUGACUUUGAAAGCUUUAUUGGAUCCCUAAACGAUCAGGGUUACCUUUUGAAAAAAGGUUCAAGAGUUUAUCAGCUUCAGACUAUGUGA